CUCCGCGAUCUUCCUCUCUCUCACAUGGGAGCGAUGCAGAAAACGCUGCUUUUGUCGCGCGCAAUCCUUCGAAUAUCGCGACCGCCGCCAACGAGACAAUUCUCGCGUAGCUCUUUCCGCUGUCGAGCGUUUGAAGAGGGCGACGUCGUUCUGCUCCGCGACCGCAAGAAUGCCUCGCACGAAGGAACGCUGGUAAAGCUACAGUCCUCAACCAGCACGCACACGCACCGGGGGAUAAUACCACAUUCGGGCAUCAUUGGCAAGAAGCCCAGGCAGCUCGUGCAGUCCUCUAAGGGAGCUUCGUACCGCAUCCACGAGCCCACGUUAGCAGAGUAUGUCCGGCUGACUCCGCGUCUGGUCACUCCUAUCUACCCGUCCGACACGAACCUCAUAGUGUCGCUGCUUGACAUCCAUGUCGAUACUCCUUCCAGUGUUUCUGAUAUCAACCCGCCCUUGGAGAUCCUCGAAGCGGGCACUGGUCAUGGGGCGCUGACCCUGCAUCUCUCGCGCGCGAUUCACGCUGCGAACCCACCCACCCCGGAGUCUCCGCCUUAUACAACUAGUGAAGAGGUGGAAGACCCAGUGUACCUGGGCGAAUCCGUUGCAGACCUGCAGGAAUCGAGCUUGGAGUCCUGGAAGAAGGCCCGGCGCGCUAUUGUACACACGUUGGAUAUCUCUAGCAAGCAUUCGAAGCAUGCGCAGAAGAUUGUUCGAGGCUUUCGGCGCGGCAUGUAUGUCGACAACGUCGAUUUCCACGUUGGAGAUGUCUCUUCCUGGAUUGCAGACCAGAAAGCAUUGAGGCAGGCCGAGGAUUCCUUUCUGUCGCAUGUCUUCCUGGAUCUCCCCAACGCGGACCAUCAUCUGGCGAAUAUAGCGCCAGUGCUGCACGUGGAUGGCAUUCUUGCAGUCUUCAAUCCGAGCAUUACCCAGAUCGUGGAAUGCGUAGAGACCAUUCGCGAGUACAAGAUGCCAUACCUCCUCGAUCAAGUUAUCGAGCUUGGUGCAGGAACAAUUCGCGAGUGGGAUGUGCGUGCCGUAAGACCACGGGCAACACUAAAGAAGGCUGAAGAGCAGGAAGAGCUAGAGUCUUCUUCAGAUGAAGAGUCAUUAGACCCAGUAAAGGGGCAAGAGGCUAGAGGCGAUGAGCUGGCAGAGGACCUUGCCAAGCAAGCUGACAAGUGGGCGAUGGUCUGUCGGCCGAGAGUCGGUCAGCAGGUGGUUGGAGGCGGCUUCCUAGGCCUAUGGCGCCGUAUGGGGAACCAACGACCGUGAACGAGGCCUAUACAAUAUAUCUUUGUACGAUAGAAAUCGAUGUGUAUUAUCACAUAUCUUUUUCUCACAACAUCUGCAUAGGCACCUUGAUGCCUCCAGUCGUACUUGUCCUCCUGCACACUGAUUAUUUGUUGUUCCUUUUAGCUAUCAGUAGUUGGCAUCCUGAAGCACUGUGCUCCCUGGGGCUCUAUAG